AUGAAAAAUAAACAAGGAGGUUUCUCUCAUCAUAAUUAUCAUUAUAAUAAUAAUAAUAAUAAUAUUAAUUCAACAGGCAAUGGAAGUAAUUUAGGAAUAGCAACACUAAAUAGGGAAAAGAUCUGCCCAUUCUUAUUAAGAGUUUUUAUUAAAGAAGGUUCAUUUCAUAGUCCUAGUGAAUUUUCUUCAAGAAAUGUACCAGAAAAAGAUGAAAUUCAAAUCUAUACAUGGAGAAAUGCAACAUUAAAAGAAAUUACAAUUUUAAUUAAAGAAACAUAUAAAUUAGCAAGACAUAAAGAAUCAAAAUUUGAAUUUGCAUUUAUUUAUCCAGAUUCAAGGGGUAUAUAUGUAUCGAAACCAAUUGGAACAGUAUUUUCAAAUAAGAAAUCUGCUGAUGAUUUAAUAACUUUAGAUGAUUUAUUUUUCAAUUAUCAAUUUUUAGAUGUAUCAUUAUCAAUACCAGAGUCAUCAUCCUCUUCAAUUUCAUCACCAACUUCACCAUCUUCUCCAAAAAUAUAA